GGAAAAAAAUAACAUGCAAACUGAAAUCAUGCAAAAUUGUAAUCAGUAUAGUCUUAUUUUCAUUUCCUUACAAGGACAGAUAACACACCACUUAAGGAAUUGCCCGCGUUACAUCGCAAUUGGCCAUCAGUACUGUAUACCCAAAUAUCUUAAAGAGAAACUAAAUUACGUCAACUGAUUGCACAUUGAACGUGGUUUUCGGUGCUAAAAGAUUCAGGUUACUUCGUUGACUGAGACAAAUUUUGUUGACUCCGUUCUCAAUGGCGAAUGAAGGCCAAACAAUUCUUUCCGAAGAACUGCAACAACGCUCACUUGGUUUGGUUGUCUUCGAAAGUGCUCUUAUGAUGUGUAUCAACAUUCUGGCCUUCACUGGUAACAUGCUGGUCUGCUGGGCUGUCUACCGUAACCAACGACUUCGCACCAUACCAAACAUCUAUGUAGGGACGCUGGCUAUAUCUGAUGCUCUCAUGGCAGUCCUGUGUAUGCCCAUGUCCGUCGUUCUUCUCGUAACAGGACAGUGGCCAUUCAGCAGUGCUGUUUGUCAUUUCCAAGGAUUCUUUUGUUUCUUCUGUGCACUAUUUUCUUUGCUGCUUAUGACUGCAACAGCUGUCAACCGAUAUUUUCGCGUGGUGAAACCUAAUCUUUAUCGCCAGCGUUUUAAAGUCAAAUCAACCUGUAUUUCUGUGGUUGCCAUAACACUUUUCGCUGCUUUUGGUGCGGGGCUUUCAUCGUUGGCUCAAUGGGCCACAUUUAUCGUGCACUACGGUAAAGUUAUCUGUUUUAUGGACUUUGAUACGCCGCAGCUGGACAUGGCCUACAUGGCGUAUUUGGAUGUUAUCUACAUCUCUGUUCCUAUUGGAAUCAUCACCUUCGCAUAUUACAAGAUUUUUAAAACCAUCAAACAUCACAAUGAGGAGAUGAACAAUACAAGAAAAGGGGUGACCCUUCGAUUGAAUGUGGAAGAGGUGAGAAUAACAAAAGCAUUAUUCGCAACUGUACUGGGCUUCAUUCUUUGUUGGGGACCCAUAGCUAUUAUUGACAUGGUCGAUUCUUUCUCAGCACACAAACUCGCCAUCCCACGAGAGGUUUUUAUGUUGUACAUAUAUCUCGGCUUCGGCAGUUGUUCCAUUAAUCCCGUCAUAUAUGGCGUCAUGAAUAGAGCGUUUAGAGCAGAAUUCCUGCAAGUCUUAACUUUCUGGAAAAGAAAGGACGAGGUAAUUCAACUUGGUGAGGCCUUCACUGUUACUGCCCUGUCCGCUUCGCAGUGAAAAAAUGGCAUGUGCGGCACAAAGAGGAAAAUCGAGAUUUUCCAACCGGCGACCUUAAACAUACUCUUCACGAAAAUACGAUAAAACAAAAGAAGUAAUUCAGAGUGAGUGAAAGCCAUUCAUGUAAACAAAAUUCAUAUUUAGACCAAAAAACAGAAAAAGAGUUAAUAAACGACGUGCACUUAUUUUAAUUGCUUUUUAUGUAAUUUCAUAAAUCCAUAUUUUCGUUCAAGGAUACCAAAUUCUCGUUACUUUAUUUAGUGGAAACGUUCACUUCUAUAUUUCAUGUCAUGCACCCGAUAAAUUUGAAUUGUAAGCGUAUCAAGGAAUCAAUUUGCUGGGUAAAUGUUUAUUAUGGAAAUACAAUAUCCUGAACUUUAAUUAACGCCAACAUUUAAACACGGUAGAGAUUAGAUUCAUGUGGAGCAAUGCCCUUAGGAGAAGCGAAUUACUCUGAAGGAAGGAUUUCCGUGUUUUUUUUUUCUUCGUGUGUGUAUGACGAAAUUGAAAUAAUUUCCUUGUGAAGUUAGACGUAGAAAAAAUUACCAAGUGAAACUAAAUGCAUACAAAUGUAACGUUGAUUUCGUUGCAAGCGUCUCAAAACAUUGUACACGAUUCAAAUUAAGAAAUAAAUUUUCCUUCAAUGCCUUCAAGUCAAGAAAUAGCCUUAAGAGAUCCAACUGGGUGAAAAAGCGAAAAACAAGCUUUGUUCGAAACAGUUUUCUGUUCUCAAUUCCGCUUCGUUGU